UAGGAAUGUAGUCGUUCAUGAUAUSCGAGUGAUGAAAAAGUUGUGUAUAAUAUAAGGACUCUUGCCUGUACAGAUGUAAAUAUGAUUUAUAGAAGAAGGAGAGUUCUUCUGUUAGCCAUAAUAUUUAUCUGGUUUUUAGCUAUCAUUUACUUYGCAUCAGACUCGGGUUUGUUUAGACCAACUCCUCCUAAGUAUGUCCAUAUUGAAGAUGGUAUAUCUCGACCACCCUUUAAUGCUGACAAGUAUCUUGCUGGUGAUGCUUUGCAUGAGGGAGAGGAUAAAUAUUCUAGAAAUCAAUUUAAUCAAGAAAUAAGUGACAAGACAGAUCCAGACAGAAGUGUACCUGAUACACGGCAUUCUCAGUGUUUGAAGCAAGUAUAUUCUAAUUCAUUACCACCAACAAGUAUCAUAAUAACAUUCCAUAAUGAAGCAAGAUCAACAUUAUUAAGAACUGUUAAAAGUAUUUUAAACAAAAGUCCUCCAGACCUAGUUAAAGAAAUAAUCCUUGUUGAUGACUUCAGUGAUGAUGUUAAUGAUGCACUUGGACUACUUCCCCUUCCAAAAGUCAAGGUCCUAAGAAAUGACAAAAGAGAAGGACUAAUCAGAUCCAGGGUCAAGGGAGCGGAUAAAGCUAAGAGCACCAUUCUGACAUUUUUGGACAGCCAUUGUGAAUGUAACACAGACUGGCUCCAGCCACUUUUGCAAAGAGUUGUAAAGAAUAGAAAGGCAGUAGUUAGUCCUAUUAUUGAUGUGAUCAGCAUGGAUGACUUUAGCUACAUUGGUGCCUCAGCUGACAUUAAAGGAGGAUUUGACUGGAGUCUCCACUUUAAGUGGGACAAUCUUUCUCCUGGUCAAAAGCAAGCCCGUAGAAAUACACCCAUUGCACCAAUAAAGACRCCAAUGAUAGCUGGUGGUCUGUUUGUAACCAGCAAGGACUGGUUUGAAGAGAGUGGCAAGUAUGAUGUCAUGAUGGACAUUUGGGGUGGGGAAAACUUUGAAAUCUCUUUUCGCACAUGGCAGUGUGGAGGUGUCAUGGAGAUCAUUCCAUGUUCUCGUGUUGGUCACGUGUUUAGGAAGAGGCAUCCAUACACCUUCCCUGAUGGCAAUGCUAAUACGUACAUGAAGAAUACGAGGCGUACUGCUGAAGUUUGGAUGGAUGAAUACAAGAAGUUCUACUAUGCUGCAAGACCAUUGGCAAGAAGUGCACCUUACGGAAAUGUUAUGGCACGCAAACAGCUUCGUACAAAACUCAAGUGUAAAUCAUUCAAGUGGUAUCUAGAAACAGUAUAUCCUGAACUACAAGUUCCAGAUUAUGAGGACGUUUCAUUUGGCGAACUAAAGCAAGGAAAACACUGUUUGGAUACGCUAGGUAAUCAGGCAAAUGGUCCGGUUGGCAUGUUUGAUUGUCAUGGUCAAGGCGGGAAUCAGGAGUGGGCAUUAACUCAAAAGCACACAGUUCGGCACUUAGAUCUCUGUCUUACUAUUGGUGAUAUGUCUACCGGAAGUCAAGUCAGAUUAGAGGGAUGCCGAAGUGGAGAUUCCAAGCAGGUGUGGGAGCACACUUCAUCUCGCAAUCUUCGUCACAAAUCUUCCGGAAUGUGUCUCGACUCUAAGGACUCAAUGAAGAGCGUCGUCAUAGAAACGUGUAAAUCAAAUGCCUUUAGUCAAAUAUGGCAAUUUUCUUUAAAUAUGAGCUAGCAUAUAUCAAAUGAAUAGUAUACACUUAUAGAAAUUUAUACUAACGAACGAUACCUCAGGCUACGUAUACAACGACUUGAGGCUCGAGUUGCGAACAUCCGUUCGCUGAGGCUCGAACAUCCAUAGCGAAAUAAAGUGUUAAACCCGUGAUAUACACCUACUUGCAGAAACGUUGUCAUAGAAAAUAGGACAUUUGUAUUUAGUAAAAAGGAAUACAUUA